UUGAAAGCAAUUUCUAUAUUAAGGUUUUUAAACAUCCAGUAAUUGCUUUAAAUCCAUUAAUAAAAGGCAUGCAAAUGUCUCAGAAAUGAAAAGAUGAAAAAUGUGUGGGAACCCUUCGGUAUGAACAAUUCAUCCUAAAAGAAUUUAGUAAAGCAUUUGAUUAAAACAAUAGCAUCCCAGACCACAAAACCAGCAGAGGUAAGUAGACAGGUGUUGAGAAAUCACUUAUUUGUCUUGAAGCAUUUCCUUGAAAUCAUGUGACUCUGAUCCUACUUAAUAUGGCAAAACAGGAAACGCAUAAAGGAGGGAAAGUGAGGGAGAAAAGCAGGACAGUUCUGUACACACUCAAGUGCAAACACACACAAAGAAAGACUCUCUUGUGAAUGACGCAGCUUUAGUGAAAUGGCUUUCAGAACUCAGCAAAGAAAUGUGAGCAUGCUGCUCUUGCUCUCAGUCUGCUUACACUUCAUGACAGAAAACAGGACUGCUGCAAUAUCCCUUCGAGAAAAAUGUGAGUGCAUUGAGGAGACUGGCUCGGUGCAAUGGAGAAAAAUCAAAGACUACACAAUUAUACCGAAAGACGCUUUCUGCAACAAGGUUCAAAUCAUACUCCAGCUGAUAGAUAAACGAGUUUGUCUAAAUCCAGAGUCCAAGAAGGGAAAACAACUGCAAAGAUGUUGGAAAAGGAUUGAAUUCAACACACGGAAGAAGAAGGUCUGUCUGCUCAAGAGGAAGAGGAAUGGACCAAAAAGUCCCAAGAAGAAUUAACUCAACAGUUCUUAAGUUCUUUAUAAAAAAAUGUGUUAUGUAUAUGGAAUUUGUAUAUAUUGUUUUUGUACUGCUCAUUUCUAAUAAAAC